AGUUGUUCACAUAGUGAGAACGAGAUCGGGAGGAACAUGGAGUACGAUACUUUAAUCCGGAGGUUUGGAAGUUUUGGGACGUAUCAGAAACGGUUAUACUGUGUGUUAUUUUUGCCGAUUAUCUUUAAUUCGUUUAGUUCGCCUGUGACAAAUUUCCUCGUGGGAGAGCAACUACAUAGAUGCAAAAUUCCAGGGUUACACAAUGACACAUAUAGUAUACAAAAUGAGAAUCACCAACUGUUAAUAAACUGGACGAUUCCGCGAAAAUCGAGCGGCAACUACGAAGAAUGUACGUUGAUCUCGAACGACUCUUUAAAACCAUGUACCGAAUGGGUGUAUGACAUCUCCGUAUUCACAAGCACAAUUAAUUCACAGUUCAACCUAGUAUGUGACCAGAAGCUGAUGCGCUCUCAUGCAGUUAUGGCGUAUUUCAUUGGCACGGUGGUCUCCACUGUUCUCUUUGUUCCUCUUGGUGACAUAGUUGGUCGGCGAUACAUGGUCUGUAUAAGCACAACCCUGACCUUCAUUGCCAACAUAGCCAUGCCAUUCUCAACCAGUGUCUAUAUGUUUUCUGCUUGUCGAUUCUUUGAUGGGUUUUGUGGAAACUGCCUCUACAUGGCCUCUUUCAUCAUAGCAAUGGAAUUUGUUGGUCCAAAGAAACGACUCCACGCGGGCACCUGUAUUCUGUUAGUGUACUGUUUAGGCGAGUUUAUCCUUCUUUUACUGGGAUACUUCCUCCGGGACUGGAAAUGGCUACAGCUCGUUUUGGCUGUACCUAUGGCGGUACCACUGUUGUACUGGUGGCCUAAAGUAUUGCCAGAGUCCCCUCGCUGGUUAAUUUCUAGACGAAGAUACAAAGAGGCUUUGGAAAUUCUUCGUUAUGCCGCUAAGACAAACCACAUAGAGUUGAGGGAGGACCUUUCAUGUAUUAAUGCCGGAGAAGACGAGGGAAUUUUGAAAAUUCUCAAAGGAUUUCUGAAAUCUCGAAAACUUGUAUUACGAUCCUUCAUAAUGUUUUCAAACUGGUUUGUGAUCUCCUUUAUUUACUAUGGCCUUACUUUGAAUAUGGGGAAGCUUGCCGGGAACUUGUACAUCAAUUUUGCUGUUGCUGUUUUGGUGGAAGCCCUUGGAUACCUGCUAUGUUUUCUGAUGAAUAAAACAGGGAGAAAACCCAUGCAUCUGGUCGUCAUGUUUGGUAGCGGAUUUGGAUGUUUGUUGUCUAUUCUCCCGGCUUUUUUCUUGGAUUCCUCUUAUACAUGGCUUUUGGUCGCGUUUGCGAUGGUUGGAAAAUUUGGGAUAUCCGCUGCAUUUGGAGAGAUUUACAUUUAUACUGGAGAACUAUUCCCAACUGUCGUUCGAAGCUUCAUUCUGGGGUUUUGUGGAAUUGGAGCGAGACUUGGGGCAACGAUCUCUCCUUACAUAUAUUAUUUUGCUGAUGGAAAAUUUGGGGAAGCACUUCCCUUGAUAAUAUUUGGAGGAUCUACCAUUAUGGUAGCCUUACUGUCAAUACAACUGCCAGAAACAAGAGGACGUAAACUUCUCGAGAAUGUAAAUGAUGCUGACCAUGAGGGAGAUCUUGAAAUUGACGGGUGCAAAAAAACGAAAAUAUCAACAGACACGGAUGAUGAUAGCGAAACAUCGCAGCUAUAACCUUGAACAUCUCUAUACCAAUUUUUCAACGCCAUAUUUAAUCAGAGAUAAGACGAAAAUAAAUACUGAAAGG